AAUUAAACACAGCACCAGCGCCGGCGCUAGAUCGGCUCGAUAUGGCGUCGAUGCUCAGGCUCUUGGCUCUCGGGCUAGCAGCAGCAGUAGCACUGCUUUCGGCCGCAGGCCCCGCGGCAGCCCAGAACUGCGGGUGCCGGGCGAACGAGUGCUGCAGCCAGUAUGGUUACUGCGGCACCACGGGCGAGUACUGCGGAAAAAACUGCAAGUCGGGCCCGUGCUCAAGCACGGGCACCAUCGGUGUGCCGGUGGAGAGCGUCGUCACCGAGGCCUUCUUCAACGGGAUCAGGUCCCAGGCCGGCAACGGGUGCGCCGGCAAGAGCUUUUACACGCGCCAGUCGUUCCUGACCGCCGCCCGCGCCUACCCGGGCUUCGCCAAGGGCCGCUCGAACGACGCGUCCAAGGCCGAGAUCGCCGCCUUCUUCGCCCACGUCACGCACGAGACCGGACAUCUGUGCUAUACGGAGGAGAUCAACGGACCGAGCAAGGACUACUGCGACGAGAAGAACACGGAGUGGCCAUGCUCCCCGGGGAAAGGGUACUACGGGCGCGGCCCGCUGCAGCUGUCGUGGAACUACAACUACGGGGCGGCGGGGAAGAGCAUCGGGUUCGACGGGCUGAAGAACCCGGAGAGGGUGGCGCAGGACGCCGUGGUGGCGUUCAAGACGGCGCUCUGGUACUGGAUGAACAACGUGCACCAGGUCGUGCCGCAAGGGUUCGGCGCCACGACCAGGGCCAUCAACGGUGACCAGGAGUGCCACGGCAGGAACUCGGGCGCCGUGAACGCGCGGGCGGGCUACUACAGGGACUACUGCAGGAAGUUUGGCGUCGACCCCGGGAACAGCCUCACUUGCUAGGUGGCUGGGUCGGACUACUGACAUGCAGAUGCCUGCGUGUCUUAUAUGUACGGAGAAUAAAUGUUCGGGCGCGUGCAUACGUGUUUGAAAUAAAGUGAUCUUCAGGCCCAGAUUAUAAUUGUACUAGAAUACGGUACAGUACCACGUCUAGAUGCUGGAAGAACUCAAGUGAUUCCCAAGCCCAGAGUAUGGUACUCCCUCCAAUUCUAAAUUGUUGUCGAAAUAUUACAUGUAUUUAGACGAUUUUUAAAAAUAGAUACAUCCAUAUUUGGGCAAA